GUGACUAAUAAACAAGGGGGGUCACUACUUUGGGACCAUUUUCUAUUGAAAAAAAUAAUCAAGAAUUGGAAAAUUGCUCUAGGGUUUCACACGGGAUAGGUGAAGUUGAACAACCAUUAGAAGAAGGAAAUGGUGAUUCUCUUGUUUUUGAAGAGGAUGACUUAGAUGAUGUUCCAGAUCAGGAUGAUAGUGAAAUUGAUGAAGAACUGAGAGCUUUUAGAGAAAAACUUAGGGAAGACAAAAAGAAUGAAGCUGCAAAGAAAAAAAAGAGAACUAAAAAAUCCUCAGAGGAUCAAGGUGUUGAGCUUGGAUAAGUUGGCAUAGAUAAGGGAUUUGAAAAUAUCUUCAACAAUAAGGCAUCCAAAUAUAAUGAAAAAUUGGGAGUGAUGAAGUGUUUAUUAAUUCAUCAGAUGAACCAAGUGAAGAUAGUGAUGAGGAGCUAGAUGUUUUAGCACAAGCGGGUGUUGAUUUACCUUCAAGAAGAAAAAGCAACAAACUUCCAUUUCUUUCUUUGAGUUGGGUAUGAUAUUUGAGAGUGCAACUCAAUUUAGAAAGGUUGUUGCAAGGUUCAGUUAAGGCUUAAACCCAAUGAACCUCAUAGAGUUAGGGUAAAAUGUGAAGGGAAGUGUAAAUGGGAAAUCUUUGCAAGCUUGGACAAAGAUUAUGGAAAUUAUUUUGUAAAGAAAUACUAUCCUGCUCAUAGAUGUAUUUCAAAGAAUAGGAACAGGUUGUGCACAGCCAAAUAUAUGGAAAUGAAGAUGAGGGAUAGAAUAAUAUCUCAGCCUGAUAUGAGAGUUCAUAAGCUUCAAGAGACACUAAGAAAAGAAUGGGGAUUAAAAGUGGGAAGAUCAAUAUGUUACAGGGCAAAAAUGAAUGUUAUUGCCAAGUUCUUGGGUGAUUAAAAACUUAAGUUUUCAAGGUUGUUAGACUUUGCUGAUAUAAUUAAGAGUACAAAUCCUGGGAGUUCUUGUUGGGUAAGAACUGAUAAUGAAACAGUCCCUGGCUUACACUUGUUCAAAUAUUUUUAUGUUUGUUUUGCUGCAUUGAAAAAUGGAUGGCUAGAAGGUUGUAGGAAGAUUAUAAGAUUGGAUGGAUGCUUUUUGAAGGGUGCUUGUAGAGGAGAAUUAUUAGUGGCUGUUGGAAAAAAUGAAAACAAUUAAAUGUAUCCAAUAGCUUGGGCAGUGGUUGAUCAAGAAACUAAACACUCUUGGAGUUGGUUCUUAAGCUAUCUCAUUGAAGACUUGCAACUUGGUGAUGAAAAUGGCAUAACAAUCAUGUCUGACAUGCAAAAGAUAUUUAUUCUACUUUUUCUUUUUGUGUUACUAUAACUUUUCACUGUUAGUUAUUGUCACUGUCUGUCGUUAGUGUGUGAAGCAAGUGAAGUUAACUAUUAUUUUUGUUUAUUUGUCUCAGUUUCUGCCAAUGCAUGUGGAUGUUGUUAGUGUGUGAAGUAAGUGAUAUUGUUAGUGUGUGUGAUAAAUAAAGUGUCUUGAUUUUAUAUUUCUUAGGGUCUUGAGGUGGCAGUGGAAGUCUUACUUCCUAAUGCUGAAAGAAGAAUGUGUGCAAGACAUAUUUGGGCAAACUGACAAAAAAGAUGGAGAGGUGAGGAAAGGAGAAAAGCAUUUUGGAGGUGCUCCAAAGCUAGUUUUGAGGUUAAAUUAAGAGAUGAAUUUGAAUAUAUGGGGAAAUUGGGUCAUAAAAUAUAUGAGACAUUGCUUGGAUAUAACAAAGAAUAUCGGUGUAGAGCUUUAUUUAGUGAAAAAUCAAAGUAUGAUGUGGUGGAAAAUAAUAUGUGUGAAACAUUUAACUCAUGAAUUGUUGGUCCUAGACACAAAUCUGUGAUUAGUAUGCUUGAAGAUAUUAGGCAUAAAAUGAUGGAUAGGAAUGGAGAUAUGAUUAAGUUUGCAAAUACUUGGAUCAGUGACAUUUCACAUAUGGCAAGAUUGAUUUUAGAAGAAACCCAAGAGAUUGGCAUGGCACUAAGGGUGAAUUGGAAUCAUGACAUUGGAUUUGAAAUCCAAGAAGGAGAGUAUAGACACAUAAUUGACAUGGCUAGAAAGACAUGUAGCUGUAGGUUGUGGCAGUUGAGGGGCAUACCUUGCCAACAUGCAGUUUGUGCCUUAUAUCAUAUUGGGCAAGAACCAGAAGAUCAUGUGAAACUUUGGUACAAAAAAGAUACAUUCCUAAGUGCAUAUAAGUACUUUUUACAACUCAUUUCCAAUAUGGUAAUGUGGCCUGACACUAAUAACCCACCCGUUGAGCCUCCUGAAGUGAAGUCAAUGCCUGGAAGACCAGGUAGAUGUAGAAGAAAAGAUAAAGAUGAACCAAGAAAAAAUAAAUGGGGGAAAACGUCAAAGAAUGGAGUGAAGAUGUCAUGUUUCAAAUGCCAUCAAGUUGGGCGUAACAAAAGAACUUGUAAAUCAGUGCCCACACAACAGCCUGCAAGGCCCUUUCAACAAUCACCAGUGAGGCAGCCUUCACAACCACCAGUGAGGCAACCUUCACAGCCACCAGUGAGGCAGCCUAGCACUGGAAAUGCCUACUUCUUUAUGUGCAGAUACUUCAAAGGUUAAAAGAAGAAAAAAGAAGCAGGCAACUGCAAGGGCAACAUCUUCUGCAACUGCAUGGGCAUCAUCUUCUUCAGUUGGAAUGCCACCACCUUCUUCAGUUGGAAGGCCACCAACUUCUUUAGUUGGAAUGCAACCAGCUGCUUCAGUUGGAAGGAAAAGAACAAGAGAUGUGGGAUUUGGUGUUUACACAGACAUACAAUCUGAAAGACAAGUGAUUAACGUAUGUAUAUUGCCUUCUUUAAUUGAUUUUCUUACAUCUUUAUUUAGGUAUACUAAAUAAUGCCCUAUGGAUUAUGCAACCAAAAAGAUCAAGUGAAAGAGUUAUCUCAAGUGGAAUAGGGGUAGCAUUUAAAGAUGCAUCACAAACAAAUGUUGAUCUUGGAUUCAAGCCACCUAGUUUAAAAUGGAAAGGAAAAGAUGUAAUGACUGAAAAUCAACUUCAACAAUUGUCAAAGAAAAAGGUGCAAAGCAAAUCCAAGGGAAAGUGGGUUCCAUAAGAGCUCAAAGUCUUACCGAUGUGUAUAAAUGUUGAUCUAGAAGGUCUUUGUUUUUGUUUAUUUUGGUAACUUUUUGUAAAGGCAUACUCCAAUUACUGAUCAUUUUGAUGUAUUUCGGGUAUUUUGAUGUAUGUUUGCAUAGACAAAUAUUUGGAGUUUGUUAAGUUGUGUUCAAUGGAUAUUAAGUUGUGUUUUGUGAA